UCCAGCACAAACUAGCUAGCUUCUCUGCACUCGCUGCACUUGGUCUCCGAGCCCUAGCCCUACAGAACCUAGGCAACCAGCAGGAUGGGCGAGAGAGAUGCCCAAGGUAAAUCCAAUGGCGCUGCAGCCGCGAGCAUCCACUCCUUCUCGCAGCUCCCUUUCAUCCGCCUCACCCGCGACAAACCGCUGCCGCCGCCGCCCACCUCCAACCCAGCGCCGCCCGUUCGGCUGUUCGGGUUCGACGUCCCGCCGGACGCCGCCGCCACGGUCUCCCCCUCCGACGACGUCAAAGAAUCCAGCGCCAAAGAUAGCACCACAACGACCGCGGAGGCGACAGCCCCAAUGGCGCCGCCAGGUCCAGGCGCGAGCGGCGGCCGGAGGUUCGAGUGCCGCUACUGCUGCCGGAACUUCCGGACGUCGCAGGCGCUGGGCGGGCACCAGAACGCGCACAAGCAGGAGCGGCAGCACGCGAAGCGGGCGCGCUUCCAGACGGCCAUGGCCAUGCGCCACGGCCAGUGCUACCCGCACCCGCUGGACCCCGCCGCCCACCUCUACGACCCCAACUACGCCGUCAUGCCGGCGCCGCCGCCGCCGCCGCACUACCCCACGUGGGCCGGCGCUGCAUAUUACGUCACGCCACGGCCCGUCGACGUGCCACACCAGAUCGUUGGCAGCCCGGCGAUGCCCAAGCUCUGGCGGCCCCGUGACGGCGGCGUUGGUGUGGGGACGACGUCGUUGGCUACGCGGCGUCAACAGGCGGUGGUGGCGGGAGGUGCCGGCUCGACAACAUUCUCGCAGUCGACCUCCUCAUCGUCAUGGUCCACUUCGCCGCACGAGCUGCCCAAACUACCGGAGCUAAAAGAGAGUGUGAGUUUGGAUUUGAGUUUGUAGUGAACUGGUUGGCGACAGACAUACAAUUGUUGGUUUCUUACAGCGCUUCUCUUCCUUUGUGUCCUUUCUGAUUCACAUUUGUUGUUUCGUUCAGAAAUUUUGCUGCUUAAUUAGCAGCAAUAUAAUGCCAAUUAUAUAUGG